AUGGACCCUUUGAUGAUCCUCUUUCUUCAUGCGACGACCGCCUCCAUGCCUGACCGGCGGCACCGCAAGGACGGGUACGAAGUGUCACCCACGGUUCAGCCGCCGGCGCCAUCGUCGGGAUAUGCCCGAACUCGAAGGUCGCCUCGUCUUCCAGGUCAGAAGGUUUUCAUGAAACGAGACGUCGAGCGGUUCUGCCAACCCGUCGGCCUCGGACGGAACGUGACGGAUCGGAUCGGCAGCUUCCGUGGCCGUCUGAGAGGCGCUGCUCGAUAUCAGCCACAGGUAUCUGCCGACGAGUGUUCGCGGCAGCGAUGCCGGCAGACACCACGUCCUGCCGUCUUCACCAUCAAUCUGUCUCAAGGACCGACGGCAUAG